CAGAAGGUGCCAGGCUGAAGGUCGUGGCUGUUCUCAGCAAGGAUUUUCUCAAUCAAGGCCUCAGAACUUCACGCAGAGAGAUCUGAUGGAGGUGAUAAAAGUUCCUUGCUGGCUGCUUCUGUGCUAUUAAACAAUCAAAUCUGUUGCCAUGGAGACCGAAGAACAGGAAGAGGUGGAAAGACACUGUGGAAAAUCAGCCAAUGGUCUCAGGACGGAUUGUUCUCCACAGGCAAUAUCAUGCCUGGACUUGAUCUAUGAUGAGUCUGAAGCUUCUGAACACAUGACUGAGAAGGAACCACAGACACACUACAUCCCUAUUCGAAGAAAUUCCAGAUACUAUCGCUCCUUCAGACAUCGGAACAGAGGGAAAGCGAAGAGUAGCAAAGAAGUUCAAACUGAAUGCUUUGAAGGCUCACUAAAAAAUGGUAAUACCAGAAAUGAACUUCUGAACAAAGAGGAACUGUUACGCAUAUUCCACAAGGGCCUGUCUCUACAUGUAAAACCAGAUAUGACAGCCACAGAAGAACAAUGGUUUCAAAGGCUUCUCCCUUCCUACCCCGGUUACCGUGGCAACCGCCCGGACUCCCCCAGCCCCGCGCCUGCUGCGGAAUCGCUCCGUAGCAGUAGCAGCAGCCGCCGCUCGCUGCCGGAGUCGCUGCUACUGUCGCUGCCGUCGUCGCCGCCUCGCAUGGAGCUGCUGGCCGCCGCGCUGAGCGCCGCCUGCGCCCUGGAACAUGAAGGCUCGCCGGAGAGCGUGGCCGACGGAGCCAGCCCGCCCGGCAGUGAAUCCCCUUCUAUGGCUGGAACAGUUUCUAUUCCAGAAGAGAGCCCUGUGAAUCCCGACUGCCCUGCUGCUUUCCCUGAGGCCCUGCAAAUGAUUCACCCCAUGACAGCUGACUCCUGGAAAAACUUCAUUGAACAAAUAGGUCUCUUGUAUCAAGAAUAUCGUGAUAAAUCCACACGUGAGGAGAUUGAAACUAGGCGGCUGCAGGAUUCACAGACAGAUAUUGAAGAGUGCUCAGCUACUGAAGAGACACCAUUGGAAACUGAACCUAUAAACACCACAGAAAGCAGGGCUGUUCCCCAGAUUAGCUUGCUCAGGAAUUCCACUUCCAGGUUUAAUUUAUGGCAAGAUCUUCCAGAAGUCAGAAGCAGUGGGGUUCUGAACAUUCUUCAGCCAGAUGAGGUCAAACAUCAAGAGGCUAUGUUUGAACUGGUCACUUCAGAAGCUUCAUACUACAAGAGCCUGAAUUUGCUGAUAUAUCAUUUCAUGGAAAAUGAGCGAUUGAAAAAGAUUCUACAUCCUUCAGAAGCUCACAUUCUCUUCUCCAAUGUUCUGGAUGUCAUCGCAGUCAGUGAGCGGUUCCUCUUGGAUCUUGAGAAGAGGGUAGAAGAGAACAUUGUAAUCUCAGAUGUCUGCGAUAUUGUAUAUCAGCAUACAAUUAACCAUUUCUCGGUGUAUGUAACCUAUGUCUCCAAUCAGACCUACCAGGAGAGAGCUUACAAGCAACUUCUUCAGGACAAGCCAGCUUUCCGGGAGGUAAUCACACAAUUGGAAUUGGAUCCGAAAUGCAAAGGCUUGCCUUUCUCAUCGUUCUUGAUUUUGCCUUUUCAAAGGAUCACUAGGCUGAAGCUGCUGGUACAGAAUAUCCUGAAGAAAGUGGAAGAAAAAUCUGAACGUGAAAUCACUGCCCUUGAAGCUCACAAGGAACUGGAAACAGUGGUGAAGGCAUGUAACGAAGGUGUUAGGAAGAUGAGCCGUACAGAACAGAUGAUCAGCAUCCAGAAGAAGUUAGAAUUUAAGAUCAAGUCUGUGCCCAUCAUCUCUCACUCCCGUUGGCUGCUAAAGCAGGGAGAGCUCCAGCAGAUGAAUGGCCCCAAAACAUCACGUACCCUUCGUACAAAGAAACUCUUCCGAGAAAUCUAUUUGUUCCUCUUCAAUGAUUUGCUAGUGCUCUGCAGACAAAUUACUGGGGACAAGUAUCAGGUGUUUGACUCUGCUCCCCGAGGACUUCUCCGGGUGGAGGAGUUAGAGGACCAAGGACAGAGCUUGGCCAAUGUCUUUAUCCUGAGGCUGCUGGAAAAUGCAGAUGACCGUGAAGUCAGUUACAUGCUGAAGGCAUCAUCCCAAAGUGAAAUGAAACGCUGGAUGAUCUUGCUGGCCCCAAAUCGGCGAACCAAGUUUGUUUCCUUUACAUCUAGGCUCAUGGAUUGCCCUCAAGUUCAGUGUGUCCACCCAUAUGUGGCUCAGCAGCCAGAUGAGCUGUCGCUGGAACUUGCUGAUGUACUGAACAUUCUGGAAAAGACAGAUGAUGGCUGGAUAUUUGGGGAGCGUUUGCAUGAUCAAGAGAGAGGUUGGUUCCCCAGCUCGAUGGGUGAAGAGAUUAUGAAUCCCAAAAUUCGAUCUCAGAACUUGAAAGAGUGUUUCCGGGUGCACAAGACAGAUGACAGCCAGCGGAGGAAGAUGGGCAGCAGGAAUAGGCAAUGAUCAUUGCAGACAGUUACCUGUUGUUCUUCAGAAGCAGAAGACUGAGACAAUGGGAUUCAAUACCUGGGAGGUGGCACAGGUAUCAGCUUUUUACAAGGAAGUCCUCUCACCACCAAACUAGUGGGCUUCUUUGCAUACUUGACACAGUGUGGACUAUAUCUCUAAAGACAGACUUGAAAGGAAGUGAGGCUGCCAUGAGCCUGUACAGAUCUAGGAGUUGUAAAAUGUAUUUUCUAGUGUACUUCAAACUCCAAAGAAUGUAAAUCUGCAUGGUGAGCAAACACUGAACAACUGGAAAAACUAUGCCAAGGGCCUGGAGUUUAGCAGCUCCACCCAAUCGAACAAUCGUUAGCAGUUCCACUCAAUCGUACAACAGGGUGCAGCAUUCAAUUUUCUAGUGGCAAGAUGGAAGUUAGGGAGCUUAGGAGCCCAGUAGUACAACACCUUUAAAACUUGUUCACUGUAAACUGUCGGUAUCUACUCAGGAAGCUCCUCUUUAGGAACUGAGUUCGGACUGCCCACACAAGCACACUAAGAAGUAUCUGUUAUCAGCAGAAUAGAGGUGAAGGUAUUAUUAUAAGGCACUUCCUUAUCUGGUACAAAAUAUUUCACAGCAUCCAUUCACCUGUAUUCUUGAACUACCUUGUAGAAACUUUGGACUCCAAAUUCGCAGAAGGGAAUUCUGAAGCAAGAAAGUUACACUUCCUAAAAUAAGAGAGAGUCACUCCCAGAGGCAGGACUGGAAACUCAGGCUAAUAUCCCUGUAUUUCAUAGCCCCGCAGUUCGCUGCCUAGCCCUUGCUUCCCAAAGUAAAAACUUGACUCAGCCAGCAUACUGAGCCAAACUAACUGCCUCUCAAUCUGCCCCAACUUAUUCUGUCCUGUAAGAACUUUCUGAUAUGAGCAACCACUAACUGCAUUUAACUAUCAAAACAAAGUUCUCCUAGACACCUGGUUACCACAAACAAACCGUAUAGACAAUUUUGAGAGAUGACGGUAAAGUGGAUAGCACAUACUUGGGAUUUCCUUUGCCCUAGACAAAUGUUGCACUGAAUUGUACAGGGUCAGUGAGAACAUGGGACAGUAUCCCAUAGAUUGGGUUCACUGUUUUGGUCUGUUGAGCAUGCUUAGGAAUAUUUCAUCUGUUGAAAAGAAGAAGACAAACAAGAGCCAUAAAGACAAUGUUUUGGCAGCCAAAUCAAGGCACAGGUGAUGUUCUACAGAGAUGCUACAUCUGGAGAGCUAGAGAACUCAUUUGUGGCUAGGCCCACUAUGUUCUGUAUAAAUGUAUUGCUUUUCCUUGGUGUAUAUAUGGACUCUGAACACAGUACUUUAAAUAAUAUUUCUGUCAAGUUUAGACAGUUCUAAAUGGAAUGUAUCCUUGCCAAUAUAGGAGGAUUAUAUUCAGAUAACAGCUCAAUGCUCAUGCAAAGAGAUACUGAGGUCACUUGUCCUCCUACCACCACCCCAAAAAGGCUGGAGACAAAAGAUGGGACACUUUUGUAUUAGCUGUUGUCUGCAAAAGUUGUACUAAAUAAUAGGAAGGCCUCUUGCACAUCAGCUGGGCACCCACUUUCAGUGAUGUGCAUGAACUCUAUGUAUAAUACUUUCAAGCUAGUGUACAUAGGAAAGCCUUAAAGAGCCAGAAGGAACAAGGAAAUAUCUCCUCUUCUAAUGCAAAAGUUAUAACCAGCAACAAAAUGCUUCUGGAAAGAAGAGAGAGAAGCUCUAUAGAGAGAAUUUGACGAAGGACAAUCAUUUGGUGAACCAUGAGACUGCGAUCAACUGAUUAAAAGAUUGUAAAGCACUUUGCCUAUUAAAAGU